CUUUUUUUUUAGUUAAAAAUCUUCUAAGUACAUUUAAUGUUGGAGUUAUGGUCUUGGGGUGUCUCAUUUCAAAAGUAAAGACUUCAGUGAUAACAGUCAAUUAGGAAAUAGCAUGUUGUGAAGGGAGUCUGAAUAAAGCUGUAUGACAUAGAAAUCUACCCCAGCGCUCUCAGAGAUGGACUAUCUUGCCUGCCUUAUUGUUGUUCUCCAGUUAGCUGAAACCACAGGGGAAGGAAGAUUUGUGGAUGCAACUGUAAAACUCACCAAUAAUAUGAAUCUGGAAUGCGUCUAUCCAAAGACAGAUGGCAUAACCCAGAUGUCCUGGGUUAAGAGUAUUGUAACUGGCAAAGAAGUCAUUGCUGUCUCCCACCCAUUGUACGGUGUGCAUAUUGAAGACAAAUAUAAGGACAGAGUUCGCUUUAUAAAUGCUUUCUCAAGAGACAAGUCCCUAAACUUCAUGAAGACCACUGAAGCAGACACAGGCUUGUAUUUAUGCUCCAUAACAUUCCCAAAUGGAGUCUGGGAAAAGGUGGUACAGGUUAUCCAAUUAGAUUCUUUUGAGGUCCCCGUGUCACCAACCAACCACAUGAUUAUUGAACCAGGGGGAAAUGUGACACUUAGAUGUUCUUACAGUGUUGGAGAUUUGGUGCGGCCAGUGAUGUGGGAAAGGAUUAAAGCAGAUCGGAUGGAUACCAUAGUCCUGUGUAACUUGUCAGAAGGGAAAACCUAUGGUUCAGAUUACCAGGAGCGUGCAAUUGUAGACUGUGCUACUCAGGAGAGCGACAUUCUUGUCAUUCAAAAUGUUACAUCUUCUGACUCUGGAAUUUACCGCUGUCGUCAUGGUGGAAACAAAACCCAUGUGAUGCGCUUGACUGUCACUAGCGCAACUUUGGAUCAUCACUGGCAUAUUUUGCUCAUUGCUGGAGGGGCUGCUGCCUCAUUAUUACUACUGGUCACCAUACUGAUCAUCAGCGUCACUGUUGUUUAUCGUAAAAAAAAGAAAAGGAGAAAGAUCAUGAAGGCCCUCUCGAAAGCCCUGUACUCUACUCAGACCCGGCCCAGUAACAGUUAUGGAAGAUCCAACUUUCGUGGCACACCAAACAGCGGAAGAGGAGUAGCAUCAGUAUCUGGGGAGAUGCACGAGAUUUAUAUCAACUACAGAGACUUCUCACGCAAACCUAAGACAAGAGCAUGAGUUUCCUUCUCACGUCUGAAUAAAGUAACCAAUGUAGAAGUACAGGCUUUGGAUCAUAGGCUUUAUUCUCCUUUGUACCAGACUGACCUUUAUUUUUUUAGUCUCCAUCAGCUAAGUGACUUUGAUUUAUCAGUGCAGCAAGAGAUUAUUUGUUUGUCUAUAAUUUACAUCUUCUAAGGCUUUAACUACAUUUUAAGCAAUAUUUUAGGCAGGGAGGGAGGGAAUAAAUUAAGAGGCCAAAUUCAGAGCUGGUGUACCUCCCAUGGCACUGGAGCUGCAUCUGCCUACACCAGGUCUGAAUCUGAUCCUGAAAGUUUAUAUGAACGACUGAAGCAGAGGGAAAAUGUGUUCUUUUCUGUCUAGAUCCAGGUAUUUAACAUCUGCAGUGGCACUUUAUACUGUGUGCUUUACAGAGUGGCAGCAGAAUGAAACUGUUUUUGCCAUCUGGUAACAUAAUACCUGCAUGUGAAGUGAUAGGAUCAAAUACAUCAGGUUUCCUCUUGCCCAGAAUAAGAAGGGUUCAUAGGAGCCCACCAUCCCUCCCUCUCAAUGGCCACACAUGAUGUUCAAGCAGCCAUUCAGGUCCUUAUGGUUGAGAAAAAGAUAGAAAUCUGGCCCUGAGGCACAGCAGCACACUCAGGUGGAAACAAAACACAAAGACUCAGUCACUGACAAGUUAUAUUUAAUAAUAAUUUAUUAUAAGGUUUGGCUGCACAAAAAAAAUGAGAACAAGGAGGAUACAGGAAUAAAUGAGGCAAAGCAGAAGAAAAAAGCAUGAUUAAGAACACUUACAAAAUGUUAUGUAUACAUACACACACAUAUAUGUGUAUAUAUUCUGCAGGAACCUGCAGAAGAAAAUGCACAAAAAUAGAAACAAACAAACAAACAAACCAGAAAGCAGACCUGAGAAUUAGGGUCUAUGCAUCCUGUCGGCCCUUUACACAAGUGCUUUUAGUGGAAUGUCUCUAGGCGUGCUCAGGACAGUCACUUUAACAUGUGGGAGGAAUCCAGGUAAGUAAGUGCUAUCAUGAAGACUAAUAGUCACAUAUGGCUGCAUACUAUAGUGCCUCAACAUACUGUAUACGGUAUGUCAGACUGAUUAGUCGUCUGCUUGGCCAGGUGCUCCCUUUAUCUUUAAACAUUAGUGAAAGUGGUAUUGAACUUGAGUAUUUCUGGAAAGGGAAAAAAGUUUACGUCAUUCUGACUAAGCAUUAGUUACCAGUUCCAUUGAGUUUGGCAGGGAAAGAGGAUUGACAGCCGCCUGAAAGCGAAAAGUUUUAUUAUUUUAUUAUAAUUAGCCUCUUCCGACAGAAGGCUGUUUUCAUGUGAAUAAGAAAGCAGUGGUCUAGAUUCUUCUGGUCAUUAUGUGGACAUGGGUGUCCCAAGCUACUGAGGAGAAUCAUAGCAUUGUGCAGCUAGCUUACACUUCAGCUACAUUGAAGUGUUGCAAGACUAAAAAUUCAUUCGAACCUAGCAUUGUAGAGUUUCAUUGUUUUAGAAUGUUAAACACCACUAGAAAACAUCUCUAUUUUUUUGGGGGGGGAUCUGUGUACUCCUCAACAAAUACCUAUAUUAAAAGGGGUACUUUUAUUUUUCUCCACUGACUGAAAGAUUUAGGAAAUGUUAGCACAUGAACGAUGAAAUUGCAUCAUAUUGAUGAGGAUACACAGAAAUGUACUAUUAAUAAGUUGGGGUGUUUUUUCUUAACCUGAGUUAUCACAUCAUACCAGAUCAUUGCAAAUUGUGCACAGUAUUACAAGUAAAACCCUGUAUCAGUGGGCCUUUUCUCUAACCUAGAUCUGGUGAUCCUAUUUAUAUUCAAAUGACAAGCUGUUAGUAUAAUGAAUUCCACUAGCUUUAUGUUUCCCAGUCAGAGCUCCGGAUGCCUCAAGAUAUAAUAACCACAAAGAUGGUAGUGCCCCCCCAAUCUUUUUAGAAGAAGAUUUUUCACUCGUAGUGCAUCCAUACUAGUUUAAAAAGUUGUUUUUACUGCAGGUGAAAAAAUUGAGGAUUUUUUUUUAACUUGAAUACUAUAAGAUCAGUUUAUUUUGGUUUGUUUUUGGUAAGUGUCCUUGAUAUUUCCUUGACAUGCUAUAUGAGGCCAUUAUAACAUUUCUGUGUACAUUUUUUUUCAAAAUAAUUGAACAUUUUCCAGAUUUUAGGGGAAAAAAAUCUAUACUGAACAUCUUGGCAUUUUGUUUAAUCUAUUUUAAUUCAAAUUCCAUAGAUGUUUUGCUUCUACGAAGACAGUAUACAGGGAAAAUUGUGUCAACAUAUCACACAUAGCAUAAUAAAAGUAAUAUAUUAAUCCUUUCCAAUAAACAGACCAAGCAACAGCUUAAUUUUGUACCGUUAUCAUAAAGCUAUAUCAGUGAACAGCAGCUGAACCCCAGAUGAAACCACUGAAAAUACAACCUUGCUGGCAGCAAAAUCAGUAAAUUACAAAAAUCUCUUAAGACUAAAGAGCCUGGCUUGGAUGGACGGACGGACACACGCAUGCACAAGUUGUCAUUAAUACAUCAACAUUGCCAACAGACAGUUUCUUUUCUAAAUAUAGGGAAAAACUUUGCUACCACUGUGGAGUAACUGCUGGCUAGUGCUGAUUUUUUUUUAAUGGCAAUCACUGUAGGUGAAGAAUCUAAGCACAGUAGUUAGGGGAGUGGGAUUUAAAACCCCUUAAAAUGUAUGAGUGUGGCUUGAGGAACUGUCUGUGCAGAAUUUGCAUUGUUUUAAAUUAGUGUUUUAGGUACCCACUCUGAAGUCAGACAGCUCAUAGGGCACUAUUUAUGACUUAGAUGAUCAAGCUCAGAAUUUCACAUAAGAAGACCAAAUUACAUCCUUAGCAAAUGUAAGAAAUGCAAUUCCUUUUACAGGUGCUUAUUUCCUCUAGGGCAAAAGUAUGCAACUAAAUUUUUCAAUCUCUUUUGAACAGUAAAAUAGCAAUGAUAAACACUGAAAAUGAUUGAAAUAAGUGUGAUUUCUCUCUACGGCUUAAAACAGUUUUAAAAAAGUCAAUGUCCCACCAAGAUAAUAAUAAUCCCCAAACAGCAACCAGAUUAUGGAAUUUACGGAAGGCUGUUACAGCAUUACUUAUUUUUAAACAAUCAAACAACCCCAGGCUCUGGAAACAUUACUUAAAUAAAUAAAGCUUACAGGAUAAAGCAUAUUUUCAUUAAACAAAAGAGAUAUUUAAUUUGUUAAUCUUUAAUUAAGGGAACUCUUAGCAGAAAACUGAAAUUAUAUUGAUAGCAGCUUUUAAGAAAGGAAAAAAAAUGACUUUUCUUCAGUGACACAUUAAAUGUGCUAUGGCUAGUUGUAUGCAUGCAUGUAGUAUACAAGGAGAGAGACGUUUAUGUUUAAAGAAGUCCUGUAAUUGAUGGCAUUAUGAAACCUUUUAAACUUAAAUACGUCUCUUGAAAAAUGGAGUCCUCCAAAGUAAAAUAGUGUCUGAAAUUGGCCUAUUCUGGCAGCACUUCACCCUACAGAGAGAGCCGUCUUCCUGGUUCACGAAAAAUAGAAAGAGGAUUGAACUCCCACUUUAAGGUGCUUUGGAUAGAUAGUAUAGCAGAGAAUUGAGAUGCUAUAUUGAAAUAUUUCCUUUAGCUCUCUUUAUUCUUAAAAAAAUGUGUUUUAAAGAGAAUAACGAAUCUGCAUCCUGACAAGGCCUCCAUCAUAACUUCCCACUUUCUGUUCCUCUUGGCUAUUCCUUUCUCUCCUGCCCAGCAGAGCGCAUUUUGUCCGCUAGUAGUUGGAGGUGUGAAGUAAUGUCUGGAGGGUUUGUUGCUGAGAGGGGGAGAGGAGGGAGCUAUAAGUGUAUGUUAGGUUGUGCUUGAAAGAUUGUCAGGCAGGGAACUUGGGAUUUGGGGAAAGGUCUGGGCUGAGCUAUGAAAAGAAACUGUUUCAAAUAACAGAUCCUAGGGUGAAGAUUACUUAUAGUCUUAAAACAUCUGGAAACCAUGAGGCAGAUUAUUUCUCAUAUCUACUUUAUACCCCUGAAGUUCCAUUUAACUCAUUAGUCUAAAUGAUUGUCGUGUGGCGAUGCUUCACUGAAGUCCAAAGAGUGACAUUGAUUGACACCAGCAGAGUUACCAUGUACCUCACUGAGUAACACAGGCAUAAGUGAGAGGAAACCCAGGCUUUAAUACUUCCACUGAAUUCAAUGGAGUUGUUUAUGCUUAUACCAGGGCUACAAUUAGUUGCAAAUGCCUUGUUUCUCCAAUUAAAUCUAUUUGUUAGCUCCCAUCUUUAAUGAUCAUUAGGUAGCAAGAUGACACUGUCCAUGUUCUGAGAAAUUUUAUUUUAAAGCUAUUAAUUAAUUAUGAAAUUAACACCACUGAGCUGUUAAAAAUGAUGAAAUUGUGAAAUUUUAAAAAUGUGCACAUUUCCUUUUGCAUGUUUUAUGUCUAGUUGGACACCAACCUGAAUAAUUCAGGCUCCCAAUCUAAACCCUGCUCAUAGAAUUAUUUAGAUGAUGGGUAAAAUUUUCAGAAACAUCUACAAGAUUGAGGCCCCUAAGUCUCAUUUUUCAAAAGGGACGUAGGCAUUUAAGAGUAUAAGUACCACUGACUUGCUAUGAAACUUAAGUGCCUAACGACCAGAUUUUCUAUGGUAUUUAGGCACCUACAGAUGUGGAUAGGCAAACUGUCAUAUUUUCAAAAGCACGGAAGCAGGUUACAUGCCUAGGUGCCUUGGAAUCAAUAGGAGAUAGGUGCUGAAUCAGCUUUGGUUCGUAACCAGAUGUUACUCACUUCUGAAAAUGGAAUGUAGUCUCCUAAAGCACUCAGAUGCAUUUGAAAAUGUUACCUGAUAUUUUAAUCAGUUCUCAGAAGAAAGCAGCUCAGGUGUCUACCUCCCAUAAGCUGAUAUAUACCUGGAAAAAUUUAGAUAGCCAAUCAAUGCUGGAAAAUAUGGACCUUUGAGUAAGUAAAAUCUGCCUCACUUUGCUGAAACACAUUGCUGUUUGAUUUCCUAAUUUUGAAGGUUCUGAACAAAAUGUUGUACUGAAUAUUUCCAAAACCCAGUCACUGCCCUCAGGGCUUCCAAGACUGAGCUGAAUUCUAUUUCAGAGUGAAUGAUGCAGUUAUCAUGCCACCUGGCCUUCCGCUAGCACUGUGUCUAAUACAAAGAUGCAUUCUGGGCACUGUUAUUUUUCCAUCAUGUGGGGUACUCAAAAAUAAAUAAAUAAAAGUUUUACCUUAGUUAAAAAGAUAAGUUUGUUAGUAUCGAUGGUAUAAUAGUCCCUUAUGCUUUGGCUUGGCAGAUUCAAUUUUUAUUUUUUGUAAUUUUUGACACACAAUAUCAAUGUUUAUUUGUAAGCUUAUCUUUAAUUCAUUUAAAUUUUCUCUAUCAUGAAAUUAUGGGGAUGAAAGCAACAUUAUAUGUCAAAAUAAUCAUCAAAAUCUAAGUUCACAAACAGCACCUUUUGUACUGUGACUAUUGAUAAAUUUUGCUAUUAUCAAUGGAAAUACUUUUUCAUCAGUGUGUGUGGGUACGGAGAAAUCAAUGUUUACAGACAUUUACCAGUUAAAAAUCUAAUCCUUUCUAGCCUGCCUAUACUUUAUAAUCUAGAAUACUAGAAAUACUGAGGUAAAUUUAUAAAGUUAUCUAAGGCAAUUGGCAUAUUUUUAGGAGUAGCCACCUUCUGGUAACACAGCCAGUACUGAGCAAAGUUGAAAGUGCUUAUGGAAAAAAUUUGGAAAUAGCUGAGAGACCCUGGGUGCCUCUCUAUGUCAAGUGGAAGAAGGUACCCCCAUACCAUAACUCACCUGAGGGGGGUCUCACACUCAUUAUGACAACAGUGAGUUGGGGCAAUCCUGUAAGUUUUCAUAUCAAAACUGGUAACAUGCCAGUCAUUAAUAUUAUUGCACGAUUUAGCUACAGGUGGUGUCUAAAGGAUUAUAGCUGUGUGCUGGAAAUAUGGUCUUAAAAUGUGUUUGGCCAGCAGUGCAUAGGCCUAACCCAGCCAACGGAAUAUUGUUUCAUCUGCUUCACGGUUUUGUCAAUGUAAAUUGAGCAAGGUGAGAACAGACACAAUGGAAGUACAUUUAUAGUAAACACAGCCAUCAAACUAGCAGGUAGGGGAGAUAAUCACUUACCGAUCACAAUGAGGUAUGUUGUACCCCCAGAAAGCCUUCCUGGUUCUUAAAACAGAGAUAAUAGACUUUAAAAAACAUAAGCAGAAACAGAAAGCUGCGUUUGCACCUAUCACCUGAGAGAUACAAGUGGCCAGAGCUCUUGAAAUCUUGAUCUUUCAAUCAAGGGGCGGGCAGGGGAGAAGAGGGGCUGAAGUUUCUGGGAACUGACUGUAGGUGAUAAACCUGCUUAGACAAAGAUUGUAACUUGCUGAAGUUAAAUUUUAGUCACUAGAAAGUAUAUUUUGUUUAUAACCUUUCAUAUCUCUUUCACUCCUACUUGAAAUCACUUCAAAAACUAAUGAUUAGUAGCACAUUAACCAUACUAAGUUAAAAUCAAAGUACAUUUUGCCACAUUUUUUUAUUUGUUAAUAAAGAGUAGUGUAUAUUUCAGUUCUGUUUAAGUGUACACUCUGCCAACACCAUAUUUUCUCAUAAGUUAAAGAAGGUAUUCAAGAAAAUAAAUGUUUUAAGGUUUAAUACUAUAUCCUGCAGAAGAUGUAAAACCUCCAUAAUUGUGCACUAAUGUAUCAAGUAGGAAAUUUCUCACUAGACUCCUUCUGUGUAUCUGUGGCAGAAUCAUGAGAACUAAGGGUCCUCACGUUUUCUUACUUAUAAUUGCAGACACUGUUUUUAUUCAUAUAAAUGUUUAAUCCAUUUCUGAAAUGUUCCAAAUUAUUUGUUUCAAUAAAAUCUUGCAUCAGUGAGUCCCACAAGUUAAACCAACUAUAACUGAGUUUCUUUCAUCUAGAUUAACUAAUGCAUUUUAAUGUGAGUGCUGAUGCUCUUAUUUACCCUUUUCCAUAAUACAAGAACACCUGACUGACCCUCUCUGCACAAAUUAUUGUUCUGUAGGAGCUUGAUCCUAUGAGUAGAGCAGAAGGUGCCAAUCUCAGCUCCCACUGAAGCCAGUGGAAGUUGAACACUUUGGUGAGGGUUGAGUACCCUAAGUUUCCACUGGAUUCAACAGUAGAGGGUACUUUGCAGGAUCCAAUGCUCUCAGUAUCCUAUGUCCUAAAUUACUCUAAUCCUUUUACAUCUCUCCUUGUUUUGACUCCUCACCCCAGUCCAUGCUUUUUAUCUUUUUGUUGCCCUUCCCUGAGCGCUCUGUUUACUAUGUCCUUUUGGAGAUGAGGGGACCAGAGCUGAAUGCAGGAUUGAAGAUGAGUGCAUUUCAUUUAUUACUGUUUUUCUUACUACAGACUAAAAAAGUGCAAUGCAACUUUUACAAAAAGCACCUCCAGAAUGUAGAUGCUCGAUAUCGUUGUCUGUCAUCUGAGGAAGCUCAAAAGACUCCAAUAUUAAUGUUGUCACAAGGAUAGCUUUAUUUUGUACCAUGUUUUAUUCUUGCUACAAGAACAGUCAUGACAAUAGAUGUGUAACUGCCAUCUUUGUUCUCAUUACUGGUGUAAAAUUGUCAAGAGACUGGAUUAGUUUUAUGCUGUCUUUCUAUGCCUGCUGCAAUUUUUGUUACAAGACAAUGAAAUAUAUAUUGAGAACAAGAAGAAUAUAGCAUACAUUAAAAAUGAGGGACAACUUUGCUCAGAACUAAAAUAGCUACAUGAAAAAUCCUCUGUAAAAUGUAUCAAUUCCCCUGACACUCGUAAGAUUAUAACAAAAGAAAGAUGCAAAUCUAUUCAUUCUCAUGACACUUUCUACACAGAAAGAUAAGGUGGAAAUGGUGAAAACUUAACACUGUUCAGAAUGAAGUGUGAAGUUUGAGAAGGGUUUGAACUUCAUUGAGCUUAGUGGAGGGUUACGAGGUACAACAGAAAAAUCUAUUUUCAAAUGGGUUGUAACUCAAAGCAAAAGUUAGCUAAUAGGGUCAAAGUUAACUUAACAGGAAAAACUCUGCUUCAUCUACAAGAAUAGUCAUUUAAAAAUAAAGAAGAAAACAACAAACAUUUUAAAUAAAAACAAACUCUUUACAAUUAAUUUAACAUCUUUCUCUAGAUCGUCUCUAAAAGUCUACCAAAUAUAGUGAACAAACUGCAGAAGAAAGCUACAGAAAGAUGUCUUAUGGCAAACCUUUCACUGACAUGCAUGGAGUUAGGAUUUUUACCUAGAAGUAUAGAGGUAUGAUCCUAAAUCCAAAUUUAAGCACAUAAAUAAGUAGUUUCAUUUUUAAAAGUGCUGGGUACCAAUCACCUCCCAUUAACUUCAUUGCCCUGUGAGAGUUUUGCCUCUUACAUAAACUCAUUUUUAAUGCUACUGCAGGACAUUCAAUAUACAUUGAUGGACCAUUCAACUACCAUUGUUGUUCCUCUGUGUUUCUUAGUAUUCAUUUUAUUCUAAAGAGAAUUUGUUUUACUUGCUCACUAAUUUCAAAUAUCAGACACCUUUUUUUCAUAACGUCAGGAAUAAGGACUAUGCUUGAUUUCAGAAGCUCAAGACUUUAUCUCCCAAAAGCACUUACAUACUGCAUCAAAUCUUAACCAGUUCACUUGUAAAACCUGUGUCAAUGCAAUAAUGGAUAGCACAGCUACCUUCCACUAGUAAAUUAUAGGCUGAUUCCUUAGGCUUUUCUGUGUGUGGGGAGAAUGUGAGAAGGUAAGAUUUGUUUGUUGUGCCGUAAAUUGUCAUAGGAAAGUGUCACUAAUUGGGCUGAUGUACUAAAAGGAGUCAUUCUAUUUCUGGGGCUGCCUCCAUGUAAUCUUUAAUUAAACAAUGGCUUUCUGCUAUCCCCUCUUCUAUUCCAUUCUUCUUCUGAUCUUGUGCAAUGGCCGUUCCUCCCCCACACCCUUCCAAGAAAUUACCUAUAAAAUGUGGAAAAAUUACAAAAUACAAAACUAGACAUGGAGACAGGAACAGUUUCCUUCACUAGUCUUAGGAAGAUAAAGUUGGGUAUUUACAUUUGAAAGGUCCUUUUCAAAGUGUAAAUCAAAGCUAAUUCGAUAUAUUCAUGUUACCAGAAGUCAUUUUGUUGCCCUCUUGCGCUACGCAGCCCAGGAGCUGAAAUCAGAGUUCAUUUUUUCAUGCUUCAGGAGUGGACUUCUUAUCUGUGUAUGUUGCACAGGAAUGAAGCUAAGACUUGAAUAGGGCUCUUUGUGUCCCAAGGCUCCUUAUGGACCCUGGUGGGCUCUAGACUGCAACUCAGCUAUGUGUCAGAAAGGUGGGUCCUUCUGGCAGAACCCCAUUAGAAGCUGUAUAAAGCUUGUUUCAGUGACAAGCCACUCAUAUCAUAGAACAGGCGCAUGCCAUGAGUUACCGUAAUUCUAUGAAGGCAGCAUUUGUGCUAUGGCUAUCAGCUAGCACUAGCCAUUACCAGUUCUUGUAGGAAGUGUAAAGCUCUUCUGGAGAAUGACAAACCCAAACCUCUUCAGCGCUUUCACCUGCAGUCUGGGGUGACACAUAAAGCAAAUGAUGCAGUCCACUCAUCUGCUUCUGAAAAUCCCUGUAUUUGUGGUGUCCUUUUUUCUUUUUAAUGAGUCUUUAUAGAAUGCUGCAAGUGCUGCUGUAUCUGUCUCUACUUCCUUUAGUUCACUGUCUGAGAAAUCAGGUUUUCUGUAGGUAAAAUUUAACUUAACUUUGGACUUACUUUCCCUCCUUUUUCUUUUCUUUUUGCUUUGUACCUGAAGGUGCAAGGAGUGGUUCAAGAGUUGAUAAAAGUAUGAGUGGUUUGGAAAUUAUUGCCUUUCAAUGUCAUGGAGAAAAAGGCAAUUACUAAGAUUACUAUAAGUGGCUUUUUUUUUCUUCAGGGGGCAGCAGAUAGUUUCUGCAGUUUCAAGGGCUAGAAUAAAAUAACAGAGAUUAUCAGCAGUCAUACAUCACCAUAUGAGGUGGUCACCAGCUGGGGUCAGACAGUAAUAUCAUCCAUACAACACAAAAGCAUAAAAUCUCCAUAAUGUGCUAUAAUCAGAAGCAACUGCUGCUGGCCACCCUCAGAGGUUGGAUUCUGAAAUAUAUGGACAUGUGGUCCGGAUGGCAAUUCUAAUGCUUCCAUUUUCACUUUUCACCCUGCCAGUUCCCUAGUUUUUGGACCACAAAAUAUGUAUAAGUAUGAAGUGACCACCAUUGACACCACUUAGGGACACAAUGAAUGAGAAUCUGAAUUUGAGGUCACAAAACACAUGAGAGCAUUUAGACCAAGAAAUACGAAGGAAAUUAAACACACACACAUUUUCUUUCAUGUUAUGGGAAAGCUGCAGCAUUUGCAAUUACAAAGAAGUAAAAAUAUUUGGCCAGAUCAUCAAGUAAAUCUGGCACAGCUCCUUUGAACAAUGGAUUUACGUCAAAUUAUACCAGCUGAGGAUCUGGCCUCUUGUAUCAAAAUUUGCAUGUAACUUUUACAAACAGAAAUAUUUUCCCACAAGCAAAAUAUCAACCUGAUUUUCUUUUUAAAAAUGAAAAGUGUAGGUGAAGCUUUAUUGAUGGGUGCAAUAUUGUGGGUGCAAUUUGCUGACAGCGUGGGAUAGCGUAUUUCCAUUGUGGUGUUAGUCCACUGGAAUAUGCUAUACAAGGGACGAGUCUAUUUGUGAAUGUGGUGGGGGGAGGGACACAAAACGGAUUGGGAAGAGAAAGGCAAAGAAAGAAAAGAAUAACCUUGAUUAAAUGAAUCAGCUGCACUUUGUAACAAACAAAUCACAAACCUUUUCAUUCAGCAGCUGUUCACUGAGGUGUAUAAGCUUGCAAUAUGUUAGCCUGUACAAUGUUUGGAGAAAAGUCAAACAUACUGUAUCAAUAAAUGUUUAGUCAAAGCAGACAUUUCUUUUGUACCUUUUUAUAAAAAAAAACUCAGCAAUUUUUCAGUUAAAUUACCAUAGAUAAAACUGUUCAUGUAAUUGGAAAAAGAAUCAACUGCUCUUUUCCAUGUUAUGCUUCUUCUGCCAGUCCUGACAACUAACGACAAGAAUUCCUCUGGUAAUUGUGGCAAACAAUCCAUAAAGAGAAUGGACUGUACAGUAGGCUCACACAAUACACAGCAAGCAGAUUUUUGUUCCCCCAAUUUCCAGCAUUUCAGAGCAUCACAUGCUGCACAUAAAUAAUUGAUCACCCUUCUGAAAAAUUAAAUAUUCAGGACAGCUCAAACUCGUUGCCCAGACCUACAUUUGUGCCUUUCACAUGAUCCCUUACUGAUUCUAAACAAACUUAGCAGGUUUUUUUUUUAAAUGCCUUUCAAGCAUGGAAAGGCCUACUUUAGAAUUGUUCCAUGUCUUUCCAAGUUAAGUGGUUAAUUGAUCCACAAUCAUACAUAACACAUAAUGUGACUAAAACACAAAUCGGGGAAAAAAAAAAUCAAAGUAACAAUGACCAGAAGCACAAGACUAAAGCUAGGUUGCUAGACAUCUAGCAACAUAAGGUAGAAAAGGAGACUGCCUUUCAAGAAUUCAACCCAGAUUCCUUUGUUUGAAGAACAGUUUCUCCUCUUUUUUUAAAUAUAUACUUGUCAUAACAGUAGACAGUCUUGUUUAGAUAUCUUGCAGAUGUGAAGACUUCACAGUUCUAAGAGCUGAAUUCUGCCCUUUAGAUAUUGAUGUACAGCUCUGAAUGGCAUUCAUAGGCAAAAAUUGGCCUUAGGCUUUUAAAAUGAGAGCUAUGCUAGGUAGUAAUAUUACUUUUAAUGCACCAAAUUCUAUUUCCCAAGAUGUUACUAAUCAUCAUCUUGCCACUCCUAAUAUAUAUGUAGAGUUAAACAUGGCAGCUAUGGGAGCCUGAUUAUAAAGAUGUUCACUCCUUUUUGUAAUUGCAGCGUUGCUUAUUUCUAAGGACAACAUCUACAGUCGCUGUACAGUUUAAUGGACAGCACUUUUCCAGUACCAACUGGAACCAGUGGGCAAUCAGUUGGAUAUAAAAAAGGUGGUUGCUGUGAGUGGGAAUGGAGAUGGGCAAACUUGACCAUAGUGUUGGGUGACAAAUCUAAAGUUGAGUGUGUCAUCAUGUUUCCACCCAGAACAGGUGGUGUCCAGUGAAGCAGAGGUUUCAUUGGAUUCAACUGCUUUCUUACACCUGGCAAUCAGUCUGGUUGUUUUUACAUAUGGACCAAAGAAAAUCAAAAUUAAAUAAAUAAAUAAAAGACUUAGCCUGUGCCUCAGGGACGUUGCACUGCAGUUUUUAAUGUUCACUGUGACCA